AUAUGCAAGUGUCCUCGUUUGUGCAGUCCACAAACCUAGAGACCCGAGUGGUAGUGCUUGGGUCUUGCGCUAUCAAAAGUAUUACAGCUUUUUCGACAGCAAUAUAAGUAUCGUUAUCUUUUUGUUCAAAACGCAAUCGGCGAAUACACUCGCUGUGCUAUCUCGAAUUGACUCCAAAAAAUGGCGCCUGCAGCUAUUCUUCGGAGUCACGAUUUUGCCGACUCUGAUAUUCCUCUCAUCGAUAUUGCCAGUGACGAGAUUGAGCGCAUGAGAAACCCCAAAGACGAUUGUCGUCGAUAUCACUCCUUCCCCCCCGCGUGUCUGGCGCUGUUGAUGAGCAUUGAAGGUAAUCAUCGGUGUGUAGACUGUGGGGAGCCCAAUCCUCAGUGGGCCGCGGUUCGUUACGGUGGUCUUUUGUGUCUACAAUGUAGUGGUGUACACCGCUCUCUGGGAGUGCAAGUAUCGAGCGUCCGUUCAAUUAGUAUGGAUGAUUGGUCUUUGGAAGAACUUCUUUCGAUGUUGGAAGGUGGCAAUCGUCAACUCACUGGAUUUUUUGAGCGACACGCGCUCUCUGUUGAAGGUUGCUCCGUAAACAGCAAAACAAUAACACCCGAAAAUGUCACUCGCUUACGCUACAAGACCAAGGCAGCGCUCUUUUAUCGGAAACAGAUGGAGCUACAUGUACAAAAAAUCCUAGACUCGGGGCCCUACAGAGGUCGAGAGAGUUCAAGGCGAAAUCAUUGUCAUUUAGAACGACGAAAUACGACGCUAGAAUGA